UGUAUUUGAAUUUCAAAGCAAAUAAAAAUGGCAAAUAAUAUUCAUUUUUGUUGGAGGGUUUGCUGAUCAAUCAAUGGGGUUCAAUCGAGGUGUGAAGCGUCACGCGGGUCCAAUUCACGAUUUCAGAGCCUGCAAGAUUCAGAAGACCUUUUACGAUCAGUAUUUAUCUUCACGUCAUCAUGGACAACAUGUUGAACCAUCUGCGAGGUACGAAGGCUUUGGACAUUGCCCAGCAUGUACUGGCCGAGUCAUGAGUUAUUCUCGAACCCCCAUCUCGAAACUUCCGGUAAUUAUUGCAACCCCAUUUACACCAUUCAUGACGCAUUCCAAGAAGUGUUUUUUGUCUUUGUUUGUGGUCGUGGAACGCUAUCUCAGGGAAAAUGGAACGAAGGGUUUCUUGGAACUCGAAUUCAACAUCACGAUGAUCAUCAGCCAAGAUUUCUACAACACCAAUCCACGUGCAGACGCCAUCAGCGAUAUGAACAAUGAAAAGACCCGUGUACACGAU